AUAUGCUCCUCUUCUCAACUGCAUAUCAACUUGUUUUAAUUGAUGUGGGUGUUGACUUUUGAAGCUGUGUACCAAAAUACCUACGAAGUUGCAUAGUAUCUGCACUUGAUCGCAUAAGGUCACCCGAGUCUUAUACUCCCUCACAAAAUAGGUAUUGACUUCAGCUGGAAUACACCUUUUCUAAUUUAAAUGAACUGCAUCAUACCUUGACAGACCAGAUAUUGAGGUACUACCAAAUCCUGUGUGAUUUGUAAUGUACUUUCCAAUAUGGAGUUAAGGCCGAAAAUAAUAGUCUGACAUGUAAUCCAUCCAUCCAUUAUCUAUACCCGAAAACUGGGCUCUUUCCAAUGGCUUAGUUUAGCUCCUUUCCUUGCUUCCUUGGCUCCACCCAAAAAAGUGUCAAUUCAGGAAUAUCUGGUAUAUCAUCCUACAUUAUGGGAACAGAUCCCAUGGGCUUUCCGUGGUCUCAGUUUGAAUCUGGAAUGUGGGGUGUGUCACUGAAACUGGUAUUAAGCUGUUACAGUGAAUGUCACAUGCUUUAUGAAAACAAUAUGGACACAUGUUUGUUAUAAAGUGGAACUGAAAUGCGAUGUAGCUCACUACUCCAUAGGACACUGAAUGUGUCAAUCAAAGUGGACAUUGCCCCAUAUAAACAAGAAUAGCAAGCGGUCAAAAUGACCGUGGACAGCAUAACAGGGAGAUCAACAGUGAGUAUGUGAUUUUUUGUCGUUUUUGGAAAACGACAGCGAGCGAAAGCGAAACAGGGCUAGUCACGUCGGGUCACUUCCUGCUUGCUCUCUCGUCGUCAUGGUUACCGUCUCACCACAGCCGCGCUGGGCGUAGCUCGACUUCAGCAAAGUAAAGUCAGAGAUAGACCCCUCGAGAGUAGACGUUUGAGUUCUGGCAGCGUUCCCAGGGUGCCCCGCUGGAAUUCAGACGCAGGGCUCCUCGCCUGUCCCCGUGUCUUACGCCCGCGGUCGAAAGAGACGAGAAAUGGGUGACUAAGGACGCUUGUGUUUUGAUUCGGACACCCUGCUAGGCCCAUGUGAAGCAUCGCACCUUUUCCGUAAAACGCACUGAUCCUCCGCAAGCCCUUUAGAACGUUUUUUUUUUAUGUUUUCAGGUUGCCUGUUGCUGGGGCGACCAAGGUUCCCCCUUCUCUCCUUUUGUUCAGAUGAGAUGGCAGCCUGCUAUCCUACUUGCACUUGUGUCUGUUGCUAUAUGGUGAUGGUUGUUUUUAAUCAAUAAACAUGCUUCUCACGUGCUGCUCAAACGUUGUCCAUAUUUCAUGUGGAAGUUUGAAACAAAAUGUAUUCCAGCGUGUCAUUCGAAAAAAAAAGCUCUUUUUCAACUCCACAUGUACAGUACAGAAAAUAUGUACCUAUAUUCCAUUCAAAUAAAAAUACAUUUAUAUAGAACCUAGGAUUCAUUUGUAAAGUAAAUAGGCUACAGAAUGUUUCUAUGUCAGAAUUAACGCAAGUUAGCCAUGGGACAGGUAAUACACUUGCAUACACCACAGGUUGUAAAAAUGUGUCGAACCACCAUCAAGUUAGACUGUUCAGCUACUUGGAAAGGUACGCUAUAAUAAACAAAACGCCACUACUUGAAUGAGUGCGGAUCACGAUAUGAAAACCCCUCCUCACACAUAAAAGGGUGCCAGGCCCAGAAAUGGCCCGAACACAUUUUAGAGUAACAUAAUACAGGUAAACGUGCGAUAAUUUGGAGAAAGCGCGUACAGACAGAUAUUGCCGGUGCACCAUAGAUAUGUCAUGGCAUAGUUAUUUUAUAAUAUUUUCGAAAAGGUUAAAAAAAAAAACUGCGUAGUAUGCCGUUCAAGGAAGCAUACAGAUUAAAGGAUGCAUGCGACCAGGAAACAAAUUCUGUGGUGAUAAGGGGUUAAAUUCCUCAGUAAAGUUACCUCAGGUUAUAAAUGCACUAGAAUGUCAUUGAGAAGUGAAAGUACAAAGUGAACUGGGGGAAAGACUAGCUUGCGGUUCAAUGUCAACGAUUAAUGGUUAACAAAAUAAAUUUGGUGUAAGAAAGCUUUAAUUUGAAAAGCUAAAUAACAGGCAUUUUCAGACAUGGGAGAAAUAUUACGAACAUCCUCACCACAUCCGGAUCUUGGAGUAACGUCCCGUUUGUCCAAGCUCAGAAUUGUGCUCAUUUGUAAUGACAAGCAGGAGAAGAACUGGGCAGUAAACACCAUCCUUGGCCGAACACAAGCUUCGCCGAACCUAGACAUAAAGACGAAGGGUGAAGUAGAAGACAGGCAUGUCAUUAUAGUCAGUUCACCAGACUGGGUCGAAUAUUCUGUUCAGGAACCCUGGAAGCACCUCAAACAGCAGAUCGAAGAAAGUGUGUCCUUGUGUCUGCCGGGACCACACGCCUUCCUCAUGCUCGUUCCAUUGCGCCCGUUUAGAGAAGCAGAGAGGAGGGAGGUGGAGGAAAAUCUGGAGCUGCUCUCUGAUAGCAUCUGGAGACGGUCAAUAGUGCUUUUCUCUGGGAAAGAGCGGUUGGGCGGUAACACCGUCGAGAAGCACAUCGAGAAGGAACCAUGCCUGCAGCAGCUUAUACGGAGGUGUAGGAACCAGUAUAACAUCCUCAGCAAUGAAAAUAGGGAGGUGGUUCUGGAGAGCAUAGUUACUGUGGUAACAGGAAAUGAUUUCCAGCAUUUUCAAAUGGGGGAGCUUUUAGAAGAAGUAAAAGAGAACGAGGAAAGAUUGGAAGAAAAUGCCAAACAGAGGCUCAUCAAGGUACAGAAACAAAGAGAAACACUCAAAGAAAUGAUGAUGAUAAAGGAGUCCGGACACAAUUUCCCAGAUACAACGAUGGUUCUCCUGGGAGGAUUCGGCGCUGGGAAGAGUUCCACAGGAAACACCAUCCUGGGAAAAGAGGAAUUUGACACGACGCAUAAAGCUGUGGAGUGCGUGAAGAAGCAGGGUGAAGUGGGCGGGAGGACGGUUACUGUGGUCGAAACACCGGGCUGGCACAGGGACUCCUCAGGGCAGGACGAGACGGAGCGCGUCAAAGAGCAGAUUAGGCAAAGCGAGUCUGUGUGUGCAGGCAAACCCCACGCUUUCCUCCUGGCGGUGCGCUGCGACUCGUCAUUCACGGAGACGGACAGGAGGCGCGCGGAGGACCAUCUCUCGGCUCUCAGCGAGGAGGCCAGAAAACGCACGUUGGUGCUGUUCACUCGGGGGGACGGGCUCGGAGGGACGGACAUCGAGACGCACAUCGAGAGGUGGAACGAGCUCCGCGGUCUCGUCGACGAGUGCGGGAACAGGUAUCACGUUUUGGACAAUAACAGCACCGAUCGCUCUCAGGUCGAAGAAUUGCUGGAGAAAGUGGAUGAAAUGGAGGCUGAAAUGAAGGAAGAGACAUACCAAGGAUAUCUGGGUCAGCCGUUACGUGUGGAGGAAGAGAAACCGGGGGACAGAGAGCAGGAGUUGCAGAGAGAGGAGGAGAAGCUAAGAGAACGACACCAAGCCGAGUUGGAGGAGUUGGAAAGGGAGUUCAGAAUUCAGAAACCGCAGAACAGGCUGGAAGGAGAGAGCGUUGAACAUGUGAGUGAGCUUGAGGGAGAACUGAAGAGAAAGCAAGAGCAGAGGUCACGGUUGGAGAAGGAAGAAGGAAAGAGGGAGGAGAAAGAGAUGGAGCUAAGGCAGAGGCAUAAAGAAGAGAUGGAAGCACUCAGACAGCGUUACAGGGAGGAGGACAGACAGGGUGCAAAGGGGUACCUGAAGCCUAUAUUGGCAGUUUCGGGGGCAAUAAUAGGGGGUGUAGCAGGGGCUCUAAUAGGUCCAGCAGGGGUGGCUGGGGGAACUCUCUUAGGGGCUUCAGGAAUUGGGAGCAUAUCAGCAGCUUGGGUGGCUGGAGGAAAUCUCUUAGGGGCUUCAGGAAUUGGGAGCAUAUCAGCAGCUUGGGUGGCUGGGGGAAGUGUCUUAGGGGCUGCAUUAGGAGUACUAGGAGGGAUGUUUGGAGGAAGGGAGAGAUCUGAAGAGGAGGGAAGAAGUGGGAGAAGGAGAAGUAUGGAUAUUAAAAUGAGUCUUUGAUUAGACUCAUGAAACAUACAGACCUCAUACAAGUUGAAUGUGUGUUUCAGUCAGAGAGGGAUAAUGUGGUGUUUAAUUUUAUAUACGUGAUCACGUGAUAUCUGUCACGUGAGGCAAAGUCAGCGUUGUCCUCUGUCACCUGUCGGGUUUCCAUGCCAACAGCCAGAAACAAGGGCGUUAGCACGAUCUGGUCCUGGAGGGUUGGUUCCUUCCUGAAAAUCAAAACAAGGCAAGUAUAAUGGGUAAGGAGCUGGUUUUGUAACCUAAAGGUUGCAGGUUUGAUUCCCUGGUAGGGUACACUGCCGUUGCACCCUUGAGCUUGGCACUUAACUGGCAUUACUUCAGUGUAUAUCCUAUGUAAAUAGUAGUGUAAAGUCGCUCUAGAUAAGAGCGUCUGCUAAAUGUUUGUGAUGUAAUGUAAUGUAAUGGGGGUGGGACUUAUGAUUGACAUGUAUGGCAAGCCUUGAGUACUGAACGUUUUAACAUUUUACAUUUAACGGGUGUAUGUUUCUUUUUAAUCUGAUCGGACAUAGAUUUUGUUGUACACAUUCUGAUACUUUGAAUUAAAGUUGUCUGAAAAAGGA